CUAUUGUUAAAUAGCAAUUGCAGUACUUAAUUUGCAUGCACAUGCAUCAAAUCAAUUAAUAAAUUAACAAUGGAUGAUAGUGUUAGAGCAGUUUUUGUCAUGUCACUAGUAGUGACCCUUCUAGUGGCUCUUGAUCCCACACUUGUUGAGUCAUGUCCUCCUUCUGAAUGGGCAUCACUCAUGGCCUUCAAAGCAGCUCUCCAACAACCCAACUUUGAAAUCUUCCAUUCAUGGAGAGGCACUAACUGCUGCUACCACUGGUACGGCAUCAGCUGCGACCCCACCACCCGCCGCGUCGCGGAGAUCACCCUCCGCGGCCUCACUGUCUCCGACGACUACAACCACCACCGCCUCCCCCGCCGCCGCAACAAUAACAGUGCAGGAUACAUGACCGGAUACAUCUCCCCAUCAAUCUGCAACCUCACGCAGCUCUCCAGCAUUACAAUCUCCGACUGGAAGGGCAUUUCAGGAACUAUCCCUGGCUGCAUCACCACCCUCCGUUCUCUCCAAACCAUAGACCUCUCCGGGAACCUCAUCACAGGGAAGAUUCCGUGGGACAUAGGGAGCCUCACGCAGCUCACCGUGCUCAACCUCGCAGACAAUCACAUCUCUGGAUGGAUCCCAAAGACGCUGGUGAACCUCUCCAACCUCAUGCAACUGGAUCUUCGGAACAACGCAAUAAAGGGCCCGAUUCCGUGGAACAUGGGCCAGCUCAGAAAGCUGAACCGGGCCUUGUUAGGCCACAACCGGAUAACCGGUUCAAUUCCAAGGUCGAUUGCCAGCAUUUACUCGUUGGCGGACAUCGACCUUUCUCUGAACCGGUUAUCCGGUUGGAUUCCGGCCUCAUUAGGUCGGAUGCCGGUCCUAGACUCGCUGAACCUGAAGUACAACAACUUGACGGGGAGGAUUCCGGGGACCCUGCUGGCUUCUAGAAUGAGUCGUUUGGAUCUGAGCUGGAAUGCAUUGAGUGGACACAUUCCAGAUGUGUUCGGAACAAACACUUAUUUUUUAAACCUUGAUUUGUCGCACAACUUCUUGAGCGGUUUCGUUGCGAAAUCUAUGGCGUUUGCAUGGUACAUUGGCUAUGCGGAUUUGAGUCAUAAUCGUUUGUGUGGCCAGAUUCCACGUGGACCUUCUUUCGAUCAUCUUCCGCCACGAGCAUUUCAGCACAAUCAAUGUCUCUGUGGCAUGCCGCUUAAACCAUGCGUUCAUCGUAGUUCACACACGUGAGAUUGGGUGCGUGACCGAUGAUGAAGAUCACAUAUUAUAUUUACAUCACAUAUCAAUUUAUCACUAUUAUAAUAUCUAUAUAAAAAAAUUGUGGUUCACCUAUGCUUAUUGAAAGACAAAUUAAAGGCUGUGGUUUCAUCUUUCAGCCUCUACCUUCCGCAUCUUUCAACUCUAAAUGAUGUGUUUGUAAGAUGCUAAACAAGCUUGCUGCAUGCUUCAGAUAUUCUAUAUAUGUUUGUUUUAAAUGGGACAAAAUCUUAUUCUUUC